AAGCCGACGGAGCCGCCGCACCAGCUCACGCCCCACGCGUCCGCGAUCCAGGGCGCCGUGCCCGUGCCAUGCAUGGCGGCAUGCGCGCGGCCGCGGCGCCUACUUCUUCUCUCGACCCCGACCCCUGCGCCGCUCUCACGCUACAUUGCUACCCUCCCACCGCUAGACUCUAGUAGCGCGACACGCCGGAGGCGAUGGCUGCGCGGUGGUGCCUCGUGCUGCUCGUGUUGGUGCUGGCCGCGGCAGCGGCCGGCGCGGAGAAGGGAGAGUGGGACCCGGUCAUUCGGAUGCCUGGGGAGGAGGAGCCUGCAGCGUCGUCGCACUCGCACAGCGGCGAGGGAUUUGAGGGAGAGGAGGAUGUCGCCGUCGGGACGAGGUGGGCAGUGCUCGUUGCCGGGUCCUCAGGCUACGGCAACUACAGGCACCAGGCUGAUAUAUGCCAUGCGUACCAGAUACUGCGGAAAGGAGGGAUAAAAGAGGAGAACAUUGUGGUGUUCAUGUAUGAUGACGUUGCCACUAGUGCACUUAACCCAAGGCAGGGGGUUAUUAUCAAUCACCCACAGGGCGAAGAUGUUUAUGCUGGUGUUCCGAAGGACUACACUGGCGACCAGGUCACUGCUAAAAACUUCUUUGCAGUUCUCUUGGGCAACAAAACAGCAGUCACUGGAGGCAGCAGGAAGGUCAUCAAUAGCAAACCAGAUGACCAUAUUUUUAUCUGUUACUCAGAUCACGGGGGGCCUGGUGUUCUUGGUAUGCCCAAUCUGCCAUAUCUUUAUGCUGGUGACUUCAUGAAGGUGUUAAGAGAAAAACAUGCUUCAAACAGCUAUGCCAAAAUGGUUAUAUAUAUUGAAGCAUGCGAAAGUGGCAGUAUAUUUGAGGGGUUAAUGCCAGAAGACCUUAAUAUUUAUGUCACGACUGCAUCCAAUGCAGAAGAAAGUAGCUGGGGUACAUACUGUCCAGGAAUGGAACCAUCACCUCCUUCCGAGUACAUUACCUGCCUAGGUGAUCUCUAUAGUGUCUCUUGGAUGGAAGACAGUGAGACUCACAAUCUGAAGGAGGAAACAAUAAAGGAACAGUAUGAAGUGGUGAAGGAGCGUACUUCAGACUCGAACAGCUAUGGUGCAGGCUCUCAUGUCAUGGAGUAUGGUGACAAGACCUUCAAGGGAGAGAAGCUUUACCUUUAUCAAGGUUUUGAUCCUGCAAAUGCCAAUGUCACAAAUAAGCUACUUCGGCCAGGCCUAGAGGCUGUGGUCAACCAAAGGGAUGCUGAUAUUCUCUUCCUAUGGAAGAGGUAUGAACUUUUACAUGAGAAGUCCGAAGAGAAGCAGGAAGUUCUGAGGGAGAUCACUGGAACAGUAAGGCAUAGGAAGCACCUGGACAGUAGCAUCGAUUUCAUUGGAAAGCUUCUCUUCGGCAUUGAGAAAGGGCCUUUCACGCUUCAAGCCGUUAGACCUUCCGGCCAGCCACUCGUUGAUGAUUGGGAUUGCUUGAAGCAAAUGGUACGGAUCUUCGAAUCCCAUUGUGGAUCGCUCACUCAGUACGGUAUGAAGCAUAUGAGGGCGUUCGCAAAUAUAUGCAACAGUGGCACGCCUGGCGCUUCGAUGAAGCAAGCGAGCAUGGGUGCCUGUGGCAGCUACAACUCGGCGAGAUGGAGCCCGUUGGUUCAGGGCUACAGCGCUUGAUCUUUGAAGAUUCUAGGGGGAGCAAUGCUUAGAGGACUAUUACUGCUUGCUUAAGCCUGCUCUGGCCCAACUUUAUAUGGAUGUGUAUGUAGGGCUAGUCAGUACUGUAUACUGUAAAAGUUGACCUUUGUGCCUCUGUAAUGUACGGUUGUGUGUGUAUAUAUAUCGACAGUGUGUUUCUGAGUUCUGUAUGUUUGGCUGGUCAGUGGUCAUAUAGCCUGUUCACGAAUAGUUCGCGAAUAAUAUUUUCA